GCUCUAUGUAGAGCACACAAAAAAAAACCCACAUACAAGGACCUCCGAAACGGCAUUUUAGAACCCUGUGUGCAAUUUUGGUGUUUAGGUGUGCGAGCGCGUGUGUGUUUUGCGUGUAUGAGCUCAAGGAUCCGGUGGUGAAUCCUCGUGCGCUUGGUGCAAUUCCCACGAGUGACAGUUCCAUCCCGGGUAUACAACCUGCGGGACUAGAGUUAGCGCGACGUGGUGUUUCACUUGCAAAGUGUAAUUUUUGUGACUAGCAACGACAUGAAGUUCUUCGCUGCAGUUCUGGUGGCAGCAUGCCUAGCUACAUCCAGCUUGGCCAAUCCGGCCCCGGACUGUCCUCCGAGUGGGCACGUGAGCGGCUAUUCCUACCCAGCACCAACGGUUCAGCUGUCAGUCGGCAAGGCGAUCAACUCGGUCAGCGUGACGCCCGGUUUCUCGUCCUACUCGGUGGACGGUGAUGUGAAGUACGCGUCGGUCGGUCCCUCAUACAGUUCGUACGAAGCAUCCCCCGCCUACAGUGCGUAUGGUGCCUCGGGUGAAGACCUCAAACUGACGAGCUAUGAGGCGGGAGUCAAAACGAUUGCUGCUGCACCGGCUGUCACAUACGCCACCAAGUCCGCUGGUGUCGUGUAUGCCGACAAGUCGCCUGCCGCCACCUUCGCCUCGGUGGUCCCCUCCGUCAGCUACACGAAGACGGUCGCUGCUCCGGCCGUCUAUGCGCAGCCCGCUCUCAGCAAGGUGUACACGAGCGCUGCUCCGGCCUACGUCACGAAGGAAUACCUGCCACCGACCUCAUACGUGGCUGCUCCAGCCGUCACCAAGUAUGCCGCCGCACCGGCCGUCUCGUCGUACGUAGCGACCGCACCGGUCGUCAGCAAGUAUGUGGCCGCUGCGCCGGCCGUCAGCUAUGCGGCUGCUCCGGUUGCCAAGGUUGCCACCACCAGCUACGCGAGCUAUGCUCCUGCUGCCAAGGUCGCUACCUAUGCUACACCAUCCUACGGUUAUUCGGCGUCUUACGCGCCAGCUGCUAAGGCUUAUGCCAGCUACGCGCCCGCUUCAUCUUAUGCUAGCUACGCUCCAGCUGCAUCCUAUGCUAGCUACGCGCCCGCUGCAUCCUAUGCUAGCUAUGCUCCGGCCACGACCUAUGCCAGCUACACCCCGGCUGCCAAGGUAGCCUCCUACACUCCUGCCGUUGGCUACGCUGCAUAUGCGCCUGCCGCAAAGGUUGCCUAUGCUGCUCCGGCGGCCAGCUACGCCAGCUCUUACGCUACCACCUCUAAACUGGCCUAUGCUGCUCCCGCUCUCACCAAGACCGUCGUCUCAGCGGCUGCUCCGGCCGUUGCUUCGUACUAUGCUGCUCCCGCCGUCACUAAGUACUCGGCUGCACCAGCCGUAUCCACCGCUUACGUGUCGGCUCCGACCGUCACCAAGUACGCCACAUCCGCUGCCUAUGCUCCGACCGUCUCCAGCUACGUAGCCCCAUACUCUGCCCAUGCUUACACGCCUGCCGUCAGCAAGUACGUCUCUACGCCGGCAGUCUCAUCAUACUACGCUACACCGGCCGUCUCGAAGGUAGUGUCCAGCCCGGCUUAUGCCUCGUACGUAUCUGCUGCUCCAGCGGUGGCCAAGGUUGCUGCCGUCCCUGCCGUCUCUACUGCUUACGUUUCGGCUCCGGCCACCGUCACCAAGACUGCUUACUCUGGUGCCUAUCUCGCAGCUCCAGCUGUUGCUAAGGUGGCCACAUCGUACGGUCCUGCCGUUGCUUCCUACAGUACCGGUCCAGCUGUGUCGGCUUACAGUACCGGUUCGGAAUACUCAUCGUACUCGGUCGCACCGGCCGUUUCCAAGGUAGUAGCCACACCAGCUGUUGCUGCCUACAGCACCGGUCCGGCUUACUCCAGCUACUCGGUCAGUCCUGCCGUCUCCAAGGUGUACUCGUCGCCAGCCGUCGCAUCGUACAGUGCCGUCCCGGCCGUAUCUAAGGUAUACUCGUCGCCAGCCGUUGCCACCUACAGUGCCGUCCCGGCCGUUUCCAAGGUUGUUGCUGCACCAGCCGUUGCCACGUACAGCACCGUCCCAGCUGUGUCCAAUGUUUACUCGUCGCCAGCCGUCGCUUCCUACAGCGCCGUCCCGGCUGUUUCCAAGGUCUACUCCACCCCAGCAGUUGCCACCUACAGUGCCGUACCAGCCGUAUCUAAGGUGUACUCUUCCCCGGCCGUUGCUGCAUACAGUGCCGGACCGGCCUAUUCUUCCUAUUCGGUCGCUCCAGCCGUGUCGAAGGUUCUGACUACGCCCGCCGUUGCUGCGUACAGUGCCGGUCCAGCUUAUUCCGCCUACUCGGUGGCACCAGCCGUCACUAAGUACGCCACAAGUGCGGGUGCUAUCGCUAGCUACGCUACAUCCGGUGCCGCUCACGGAUACUACGCCGCCGGUCCUGCAGUGUCAACCGCACACUACGGUGGCUACCGUUAUGCUGCCGCUGCCCCAGCACUUACUACGGCCUACACUGCCCCUGCCACCGUGGUCAAGACCGUCGCUCCGACCACCGUCGUCAAGACUGUCGCUGAGAAGUACCUCGAACACUACGACGAUAAUGCUCGCUAUGCUUUCGAGUAUGGCGUGAACGAUCCACUGACCGGUGAUAUCAAGCACCAGAAGGAGGAACGCGACGGUGAUGUCGUCCGCGGCCAGUACUCGCUCGUAGAACCCGACGGUAACGUGCGCACGGUCGACUACUACGCCGACUGGGCGACCGGUUUCCAUGCCACCGUCACCAACAGUCGGGACCAGGUGCACGCCACGAAGGUUCUCGGCAAGCGCGACACCGUGAAGGCGUAAAAGCAUCCUCUUCACUGGCCUACCCAGCACCAGGAAGAAGCGAUCGCGUCGUUGCUUCACUGUACAGAACGUCCUGCACACUCACAUCAUAUCAUUCAAUCACCCAUUCUUCCCAACCGAAAUGAACGUUCCCAUCCGAAAUGAACGAUCGUUCCUCGUUCAAGAAAGAGUUGAAAAUAGCUUGCAAAUUCUAUUAGCGCAUGUCGUUAUUGUUUUGUUUGUUUUUUUUUGUUUGUUUCGUGUUUAAUGUUAAUCACGCCAUAAUCUCUGCCCAUUUGUCCGUUACUGUGAAACCGCGUACCGCUGCCCGCAAAGGACACGCAAGCGAAACGAAUAGAUGGUUUCAAACAGUUUGUUCUUUGUUUUGUAUUGUACUACAACUAUUUAUUUUCGAUAAGUACGUGCGUUAAUAAGUGCACCAUCUAGACCACGUAUCGUCCUGUUAAGAAAGCGCAGGGUAAUAAAAACAAACCCACCUCGUGUGCUUUGUGAGUCCCGCGAAAAGCAACGCACUGCUUGAGCAACACUUCUUUCGCUUGUUUGACUCUAUGUAAAUAUACACCUAUGAUACAUCUACAUCGUUCUCAAAAAUUCGAACCUCACGAUCCAUUACGAACCAUGGCCUUUUUUAGCUUGUCGAUCACAAUCCCAUCUCACAAUCUAAUCGCGAUCGUGUCCCAUCCGGCUAAAUGUGCAGGGACGUACCCAGCUGUUCUAUCAUCCCGUACCUCAUUCCAGGACAUCCAUCAGGACACUUGCCGGACAGCCGUUGGAAAGUGCGCGCGCCCCAUGUUAUCUUUGUGAUAGAAGUGUCAUACAAAUAUAUGUAUUUUAUUACUCUUUUUUUUUUUUAAACAAACACUUCCAUUCA